UGUUUUGGGGGGGGUGGCAGUCAUCUUGUUUUUCUGAUGCAUUUUACAACCAGAUUCUGUGCAGUAGCGACAAGAAGUGGAAUGACCGCUAAUCAAAUCUGUUAAAUCAUCCAAAAUUUACCCCUUUUUAUAUCAUUAACUCAGUAAAAACAAACCUACCACAAAAAUGACUUGAAUUUUAUUUAUAGCAUGAGACAGGCCUGAGAUGUACAUAAAACACUUCCAAAAAUGCAUUCAGUGUGGAUUAGAGGUUCCAUUAAAAUGUAUUUAAAUACAUAAUCUAAAAUAUAGGACCUGUCUUAGUUUUCUGAUUAAAAACUGAACUGAUUUUUUGACACUUGGCUGGGUGGUGCAGGUGAAACAGCAGGAUUUACAUGGCGUGACUGAAAACAACUGCUGACUGUUUAGAUGCCACCCACGAUUGUGCAGCAUACAUCAGACUUACUUUGCCCACUCCACCUCAAAGACCAACUCCUGGACCCCUUGCAGUUUGCCUACAGAGCCAACAGGUUUGUAGAAUACUCAAUAAAGGUGGCCUUCCACUUUAUCAUCUAUCACCUGAAUUCCCCAGGAAAAUAUGCCAGGAUCCUCUUUGUGGAAUUUAUCUCCACAUUCAACACCUUCACCCUGGCCUCACCGCAAGAUAAGCUCCCCCAGCUGAGUUCACCUGCAGGUGGAUUACAGACUUCCUGACAAGAAGCAGCAUGUGACGCUGGAGAAGCAUCUCUCCUCUAACCAUCAGCACUGGUUCCCCACAGGGCUAUAUUCUUCUUGCUCUGCCCUUCUCCCUUAUAGCCGCACCUCCAGUCAUUAGUAUGUUAUGGUUGCAGAUGACGCCACCCUGAUUGGCUCAUCUCCAGAUGUGGUGAGUCUGCCUACAAGUGUGAUAUUGUCCAUCUGGUGACUUGGUGUGGCCAAAACAACUUGGAGCUCACUGCCCUAAACCAGAGGGAUUGCUUGUGGAUUUUAGGAAGAACUCAACCCUAUUCGCCCCCAUCUCCCUCUGUGGCUUCUUGUCAGUACUGUGGUGUCCUUCUGCUUCCUGGACAACAUCAUCACCCAGGACAUCAAGUGGGAGCUAAACAUCAUGCCUCUUAUUCUUUACUGCUUCCUAUCCCCAGCUCACCCUGCAUUCCGGGAACUUCAUGUCAUCAUUCAAAUUAGUUUCACCUGCUACUUAAUCGAUCACACCUGUUCCUCACAGUAUAUAGCAGCUCCUCACUCUGUGGGGAGCUGCCAGAUUGUUCUAUGCCUUGACUAGACUCUCCAGUGUUCGUUCUGCCUGAUCAACCCAAGAUUCUACCUCACCCUUAUUGGACUGCCUUCUUGGUAACGACACCUUGCCUGCUGGAGAUACCGACCAUGGACCAAACUAAGUACUGCUCUCUGCCUAAGCCCUUCAGACCGCGGCUAUGAACACAUUGUCCUACACAUCCCCGAUUCCUGAAAAAAUAUCAGGUGCAAGUCUCAUCCACAAUAGCCAGGUUUGCAGUACAUGGGGCAACUUCCACUUCAAAACCUUUGAUGGGGAUGUUUUCCAGUUGCACUCCACCUGCAACUAUGUCCUGACCUCCUCAUGCAGGAGCAGUCAUAAGGACUUCAACAUCCAGAUAAGAAGACAGGAGACUAGUGGCCAUCCCACCAUCAAAAAUAUUAUUAUGAAGCUGGAUGGUUCCGCUGUGGAGCUGUCCAAGGGCUCAGUGGUUGUUGAUGGCAAAUCAGUCAUCUUACCAUUCAGUCAAGCAGGCGUGUUCAUUGAGAAAUCCCCCACCUACAUCAAAAUCAAAGCAAACCCGGGACUGUUUGCUAUCUGGAAUGAGGAGGACUCUUUUCUGGUGGAGCUAGAUGUGAAGUACAAGAACCAAACCUGUGGUCUCUGUGGGGACUUCAACGGGGUCCAGCUCUACAAUGAGUUCUACAGUCAUGGCAUCAAACUAUCCCCUGUGGAUUUUUCUAACUUCUGGAAAAUGGAUGGACCGACUGAAAGCUGCUCUGCCUACACACUGGAAUCAACAGAACGCUGCAAUGACAUGAGACCGCUAUGUGAGCAGAUCCUUACAGGGCCAUCCUUCAAAAGCUGUCACAGCCUGCUGGAUGUCGCCUCCUUCACUUCUGCCUGUGUUGCAGAUCUCUGCAACUGUGGCAGUGGCCUAGAGGAACACACAGACACUUUCUGCUUGUGCAACACUGUGUCUGAGUUCUCCAGACAGUGCGUCCAUGCUGGUGGCAAGCCCCAGAACUGGAGAACCAAAGAGCUCUGCUGGAAGUCGUGUCCCCACGAAAUGGAGUACAAAGAGUGUGGAAGUCCCUGUGCUGAUACCUGCUCCAACCCAGAGGCCAGCCACACCUGUGACAACCACUGUAUUGAUGGAUGCGCCUGUCCUGCAGGCAUGGUGCUGGAUGAUUUUCAUGGUAAAGGUUGUGUUCCACUGAGUGAGUGUUCCUGCAACUACAACAACAAGAUCUAUAGACCUGGGGAGUCCUACUCCAAUAACUGCAGAAAAUGUGUGUGUGACAGCGGCCAGUGGAAGUGUACGGAGGAGAACUGUCCAGGAACCUGCUCCGUGGAGGGAGGAGCUCAUGUCAACACCUUUGAUGGAAAGGUCUACACCUUUCAUGGAGACUGCUCCUAUGUUCUGGCUAAGGACUGCACUGGAAACCAGUUCAUGGUACAGGGAGAACUGGUGCAGUGUGGACUGACUGAGAGUGAAACCUGCCUUAAAUCUGUUACCAUAGCUUUGUCCGGAGGGGCCAAUGUGAUCACCAUUCAGCCCACUGGCAAGGUUUUUGUGAACGGAAUCCAGGCUCCCCUGCCCUUUUCUGCUGCUGGGAUCUCUACCUUCAGAGCGUCCUCCUUCUACCUGCUUGUCCAGACGUCUGUUGGUGUUCUGUUGGAGGUGCAGCUCCGGCCAGUCAUGCAACUCUACAUGACAGUGACCAGCGACUACCAGGCCAAAACCUGUGGUCUGUGUGGGAACUUUAACAAAAACCAGGCUGAUGACUUCCUUAAGCUCAGUGGUGUUCCAGAUGCCACAGCAGCUGGUUUUGCCAAUAGCUGGAGGACACAUGCUGGUUGCCCAGACAUUAAGAGGAACUUUGAGAACCCCUGCAGUCUCAGUCUAGAUAAUGAGAAGUUCGCCCAGUUCUGGUGCUCUAUGCUAAGUGAUCCUCAGGGAGUAUUUGCUCCUUGUCACUCAGAAAUCAGCCCUGACUCUUACAAAGAGAACUGCAUGUAUGACAGCUGUAACUGUGAGAAAAGUGAGGACUGUAUGUGUGCUGCAGUCUCCUCAUAUGUCCAUGCCUGUGCAACUAAAGGAAUCCAAAUCAGCAGCUGGAGAAAGACAAUCUGUGGGAAAUAUGCCAACUCCUGCCCCAGUAGCAUGGUCUACUCCUACAACAUCACGUCUAACAGUCGCACCUGCCGCUGCAUCAGCACCACAGAUAUCAGCUGUCACCUCUCCUUCCCACCCAUCGACGGCUGUAUCUGUGCAGAGGGAACCUAUCUGGAUGACUCUGGGAACUGUGUCCCAUCUAAGGCUUGUCCCUGUUAUGACAAAGACUCAGUGGUGCCUCCUGGACAGCUUGUCAACAAGGAAGGGGUGAUGUGCACCUGUAAGGAGGGAAAACUCAGCUGCAUUGGACAGUUUAGGAUUCAGCCAUCAUCCUGUGCUCCUCCCAUGGUGUUCUUCAACUGCUCUGCUAAUGGCCCAGGAGCAAAAGGAGUUGAGUGUGAGAAGAGCUGCAAUACAUUAGACAUGGCCUGUGUGACCACAGGGUGCACCUCUGGCUGUAUGUGUCCAUCUGGGAUGGUAUUUGAUGGUAAAGGAGGCUGUAUGAAGCCAGAGGCCUGUUCCUGUGUUCACAAUGGCAUCUCCUUCCAGCCUGGAGAGACCACCAAGGUGGACUGCAAUACCUGCACUUGUAAAGAUAGGAAGUGGCAGUGCACUACUAACCAGUGUGAUGGAACGUGCUCUGUCUAUGGUGCUGGACACUACAUGACCUUUGAUCAUAAGCGUUUCAACUUUGAUGGCAACUGUGAAUACAUUCUCACUCAGGACUACUGUGGCAAUGCUCAGAGUAAUGGAACCUUCAGAGUGAUCACUGAGAAUAUUCCGUGUGGAACCACAGGAACCACCUGCUCCAAGACCAUCAAGAUCUUCUUGGGGAGUGCCGAACUGAUUCUAAUAGAGGGAAGAUACCAGCUGUUUUCAGGUGGAAAUGAAGACGCUGUUCCAUUUCGUUACAGCACUAUGGGCAUUUACCUAGUAAUUGAAGCAAACAAUGGACUCAUUCUCAUGUGGGACAGGAAGACCAGCUUGUUCAUCAGGCUCAGCCCAAAAUAUAAGGGUCGUGUGUGUGGUCUCUGUGGCAACUAUGAUGACAAUGCAAAUAAUGACUUCACUACAAGGUGCCAUGCUAUGGUUGUCAACCCACUGGUGUUUGGGAACAGCUGGAAGAAUUUACCGAGCUGCCCCGAUGCUCAAAGCAUCACCAGCCCAUGCACAGAGAACCCCUAUAGACAGUCAUGGGCCCAGAAACAGUGUAGCAUCAUACAGAGUGACAUCUUCUCUGCCUGCCACUCCAUUGUAGGUUGAUGUUGAAGGGAAAUUUGUUGCAAUGCAUCACUAUUUAUGCAGCAUUUUAAUAUUUGUACCUAGAAAAAGUGGGUUUUUUUUUUACAGUUUUAUAUACUGUCGGAUAUUUUGUCUAACACUGUCUGCUGCUCAUUUUCUGUACUAAAACAUGUAUAAUAUUUUGUAGUAUAGAUUAGUAAAUCUUGUAUAGUAUUUAACUGUAGCUGUCAGAUACAGUAAAUGUAAUGGAGAAAAAAGUACAGUAUUUGCCUCUGAGAUGUUGUAAACUAGACUUAGAAGUGCAGUAGUGAUUUUCCUCCAUUUAAUGAUGUGGAGUUACUCAUACCCAUAAACUCAUUAAUGUAUUUCCAUACACUUACCUGAAGGUGGAUCCUGCUCCAUAUUAUGAAGCAUGUGUGUUUGACUCAUGUGCUUGUGACACUGGUGGAGACUGCGAGU